AUACAGUACCUACAUGUAUAUCAAAUUGACAUACAUGUACAGUUAGUGUUGAAAUAUGUCUUCAUCCAUGAAUCUGUUGAUGCUGUGUUGUGGAUGGAGUCCUGGGUGGAGGUAUAUAGCCCUAGAAAUGCUGUAGGAGGCUGCUAAUACUUGUGCUACGUAAAAGAGCGAAAUACUGGCCAUGGGAGAACAUCUCUAGAUGAAGAUAACGUUAUCCACUGGCGCCCUGCCAAUGACAGCAACAGGAAGCAAUUACAGAACAAGGCAGAAUGUUGUCCUCAGGCUUGUGGGGAAACAUGUAGGCCAGGAAGACGCUUUCAUUCACACCUUUCUGAUACAGUCAGGCUCUUACUGCCCUGAUCUGUGGGUUAAACUACCAUAGUCCAGACUGUGGAAGACGAAGGGGUAGGUGGGUGUCUCUGUCUGAUAAAACAUGCCAUUCUAAUGCCAGCAGUUACAUAAAAGACAAAUAACAUAACAUACCAGAUCAUAUGCCCUAAUCCUCGUUCAUCUGUGCUCACUGGCUAGUAGAAUGAGAUGUGUCUAGGUGCUUCUGAUGUGGUGUGUUCAUGUAUCAGCUGAUCAUGUAGCAUCAAAUGAAGGAAUGAAUGAAAGGAGGUGCUGUUGCCCCUGUCUUUGAUCGAGUGUGUUGAUGUAUCAACUGAUCAUGUAGCAUCAGGUGAAGUUCUGGGUGGAAGGAGGUGCUCUCAAUCUUGUCUUCGAUCAGGUGUGCUCAUGUAUCAACUGAUCCUGUAGUAUAGAUGAAGAUAUUCCAUUGCUGAUGAUGCUUACCGAUCCCUACGCGACAAGAACCUUGAUCAGUGUAUAAUCAUAUCAGGAGAGAGUGGUUCUGGAAAGACAGAGGCGAGUAAGCUGAUUAUGCAGUACAUCUCAGAGGUGUCGGGGAAGGGCCAGGAGAUUGACCGGGUCAAGGAACAGCUGCUCCAGUCCAACCCUGUCCUUGAAGCAUUUGGGAAUGCAAAAACUCACCGCAAUGACAACUCUUCCAGAUUUGGAAAAUACAUGGACAUAGAGUUUGACUUCAGAGGAGACCCUGUGGGGGGUGUCAUCACUAACUAUCUACUGGAGAAGUCAAGAGUUGCUGUGCAGAUGAAUGGAGAGAGGAAUUUCCACGUGUUCUACCAGCUGUUAGCAGGAGCAGACAUUGACACACUCAAAGCAUUAAAGCUGUCUCGUAACCAUGACAACUACGAGUAUCUACUUCGCAGUGGCUGCUCCCAAGUGGAUAGUAUGAAUGACAAGGAAAACUACAGAAUUACAACAAAAGGAAUGCAGAUCAUUGGUUUCCAGGAUGAAGAAAUCUUCUCCACAUUUGAGCUGAUUGCCACGAUAUUAAAACUGGGCAAUCUGGAAUUUAUUCACCGCGGUAACCUGGAUGGCACUGAUGGUUGUGAAAUAAACAGCAAAUAUGAGAUGGAGGAUGUGUGUGAGCUGGUGGACUACCCUGUGGACCUAAUGACUGCUGCCCUUACCCAGAAGUCUGUGGAAACGCGAGGGGACAGGGUCACUGUGGCCCUCAAUACUGCUGACGCCACCUAUGCUCGAGAUGCCUUAUGUAAAGCUAUUUAUAGUCGCUUGUUCUCCUGGCUGGUUUCCAGAAUUAACGACAGUAUCAAGGUUAAAGGAAGAGUCCAAACAAAAGUGAUGGGAGUAUUAGAUAUAUAUGGGUUUGAAGUGUUUGAGAGGAAUGGAUUUGAACAGUUUAUAAUCAACUAUUGCAAUGAGAACCUUCAGCAGCUGUUUAUAGAACUGACCUUAAAAGAAGAGCAAGAGGAAUAUGUGAAAGAGGGUAUUGAGUGGAUCCAUGUGGAAUAUUUUAACAAUGCUGUGAUAUGUGACUUGAUAGAAAAGAAUAAUGUUGGUAUCCUAGCCAUGUUGGAUGAGGAAUGCCUUCGCCCCGGUAAAGUCACCGACUCGACAUUCCUGAACAAGCUGAAUCAGACCUGCUGUAAUCAUCUUCACUUUGAAAGCCGUGGCUGCAGGAAGAAUCAGUCUGAUCGUAGCCUGCCACAUGAUGCCUUCAGACUGAGGCACUAUGCUGGGAAUGUGACAUAUCAUGUGACUGGGUUUGUGGAGAAGAACAAUGAUCUGCUGUUCCGGGACCUGUCCAGAGCCAUGUACAGUUGUGGUCAUCCUUUGCUCAAAAAGUUAUUCCCAGAAGCCUCCCCAGAGGAGGUCCGAGGGUACACAUAUCAGCAGUGGUCUCCCCUACCCAUGCUCCCUGACAAUGAGGGUAACCCGGAGAAGAAAAACAGGAAGCGACCUGCCACAGCUGGAUCUCAGUUCAAGUUGUCUGUGGCUGAGUUGAUGAAAAACCUUCAGUCCAAAAACCCUAACUACAUCCGCUGUAUCAAGCCCAAUGAUGGAAAAGUCGCUGGGGUUUUUGAUGUUCAUUUGGUCAAGCAUCAGGUCCGCUAUUUAGGUUUGAUGGAAAAUGUGCGUGUCAGGCGUGCUGGGUAUGCCUUCCGUCAAUUGUACAGUCAGUUUCUAUACCGCUACAAAAUGCUGGCUCCACAGACCUGGCCGCAGUGGAAGGGCGAGCCAGUCGAUGGGGUCAAGGUCAUUCUGUCUGCUCUGAACAUCUCCAAGGAGGAAAUGGCCUUCGGGGAAACAAAGAUCUUCAUCAGGAAUCCCAGAACCCUGUUUGACCUUGAGGAACGCAGGAGAGAACGCAUGCAUGGCCUAGCCGUGGACAUCCAGAAGACGUGGAAGGGCUACAGACAACAGAAGCUCUAUAAGAAGAUGAAGAUUAGUCAGAUCGUCAUUGCCAGUCGUUUCAGAUGUUUCUGGGCACGGAAAUGUUUUCUGAAGAAGAAGAAGUCGGCCCUGAUAAUAGAGUCUUAUGCGAGAGGGAUGAAGGCAAGAAAGCUGCUGGCUCAGCUUAGAGAAGAAAGGCGCAUCUAUCUGGCAGCCAUUGUCAUACAGAAAUAUGCUCGAGGCUGGCGAGUCAGGAAAAACUACCGGAAACUGUUCAGGAAAAAUGCUGCUCCCAAAAUCAUCAGAUAUCUGAGAAUAGCAUUGAGGAAAAGGUUUUUGCUACGGUUGCGUGACAACCUGCCCUCGGAGUCCCCCAGUUUUAAAGACUGGCCAAAGUGCUCCUGGCUUUACAAGGAGGCGUCUGAGGAAUUGAGGCAGAUAUUCCACAAGUGGAGGUGCCGCAAUUACCGUCAGAAAUUCAACCAAUCAGAGCAGUGGUCAAUGCAAGAGAAAGUGGCUGCCAGUGACCUCUUCAAGGGGCGUAAAGCAACAUACAGAAGGAGUGUACCUCACCCAUUCAAGGGAGACUAUCUAAAUCUGCAACAAAACUUGAAAUGGAAAAAGUUGUGUGAACAGACCCAUGACAAGUACAUGGUAUUUGCUGAUAUUGUGAUGAAAAUUAACAGGGCCAAUGGAAAGAUGGUCCAGCAGCUGUUUGUGAUAAGCACACAAGCCAUCCUCAUCAUAGACCACAGAACCAUGUCAGUCAAGUACCGCAUUCCAGUCUCGCAAAUCAGAUCCAUCUCGCUAAGCCCAUUCCUAGACAAACUUGUCUUCUUCCAUCUUAAGAAGCAGGACAAUGGUGAUAUCCUCAGUAAGAAGGGAGACUUCAUCUUUAGCAGUGACCAUGUGAUUGAAAUCGUGUCAAAGGCAUACUUGCUGAUCAAAAACAUAAGUGAAAAGCCUCCAGAUGUGAUCAUAGCAACCCAGUUUUGUGCAGAGUUUAAAGGUUCUAACCUUGAGGUGACCUUCAAGCAAACUCCUAUCACUCCAGAACUGUCUCCAGGAGCGGUCCGAAUACAGCGUAAAGGCAGCCAUUUUGAGGUUCUUGUACAGCCAAGAAGUGCCCAGACAAGUAUAUCCACAGACACUCUGAAUGGGGACAGCAAACAGCAUGCCCAGGUAGCGGUCAACUGAAUAUGGACAGCAAACAGCAUGUCCAGUUAGCCCAACUGAGCAUGGACAGACUGCAACAUGCCCAGGUAGCAUCCAACUGUACAGGGACAGCAAAUAGCAUGUCCAGGUAGCACCCAACUGAACAUGGACAGAAAACAGCAUGUCCAGGUAGCAUCAUCCUGAACACAGACAGCAAACAGCAUGUCCAGGUAACAUCCAAGUGAACAUGGACAGAAAUUAGAUAUACAUCCAAGAAAGCACAGCAAACAUUAAACACAUACAUGUGUCAACAACCAGCCGAAGAGGAAAAACGUCCAUCUAUAUAUGGACAGGAGACAGCAUGUAGCAUUCAGUUGAAUUGAACAUGGCCAACUUGCACGAUAUCCAAAUUCCAACUUAACAGAGAGGGAGAUCUUUAGUGUCCAUGUGAAGGAAUAAUGUGCACGUCUUUCUCAGUGGAGGUGUAUUGCUAUAUACAUAAUAUGUGAACACAAAGAGUGAGUUGGUGGGGAAUAGUCUCACUAUGAGGUCUGAGCCUUUCUUCAGUUUGUUAAAUUAAGUAAUACAUUUCAUUUGUUAGUGUUUUCCAUUUUGGUGAGUGUUUUUACACCAUACAUGUCUUAUGUUCUUGUUUCUGUUGUUUUUACAUGCCGAUGUGAAUGUACAUGUCUUAUUCAGUCAUUGCAAUUAGGCCCUGAUGACUAAAAUGUGUUAAAUAUUUAUUUCUCUGGUAUUAUAUACACCAUUUUGUGAUCAUUUUAAAGCCUCUGUUGAACACCAUGAUAUUUGCAUUGUUAUUAAUAAUCACAAAUGCAUGGUAAAAACAGCAUUUUUAUAUGGUAAUCAGCAAAGGGCUAAGAGUCAACAUCAUGAUAUCUCUGCUGAAAACUCCAUGGCUGUUAAACAUUUCAGUAUGUGGUGAGCACCACAACGUCAUGGUAUGUCAGUGGUAAAAAUUGUGUGUAAGGUGAACAGCAUAAUAUGUUCGAUGACGAUUCACAGCAUUAUACAUGUAUUUCUCAAACACCAUGUGUGACUGGUCUGGAUGGGCUGACAGUAUGUGUUGAUGGUAUUGAUGGCCAUAUGUGUGAAUAGUCUCGAUUUCCAUAAACACCAUUGUUUGAAUGAUCUUGAAUGGCCUUGAUUGGCCAUAAACACCGUUUGAAUGGUUUCGGUGGACACAAACACUAUGUGAAUGGUGUUGAUGGCCAUAUACACCAUUGUUUGAAUGGUUUUGGUGGCCAAAAACACCAUGUUUGAAUGGCCUUGACCAUAAACACCAUAUAUGAAUGGUCUUGAACACCAGAGUGUAUAUUUAUUUAUUUAUUUAUUUGAUUGGUCUUUUACAAUGUACUCAAGAAUACUUCACAUACAUGUAUAUAACAGCGGCCAGCAUUAUGGUGGGAGGAAACCCGGGCUGGGGAGACUCACAACCAUCCGCAGGUUCACUGGCAAACCUUUCCAUGUACAGUCGGAGAUUAAGCCAGCAUGAGCUGAACUUGAACUCACAGCGACCACAUUGGUGAGAGGCUCCUGGGUCAUUACACUGCACUAGCGUGCUAACCAACUGAGCCACGGAGGCCCCCCAGAGUGUAUAAGUACAUUUCAGUUAGUGGUUUCCAACCUUGUUUGCCCAGUUGACACUAACCAGUGGUGAACAGUGUUUUCAUGAACAGUGUUUUCAUGAACACUGUCAUGAGUAUAGUGAUAACAUUGUUUGCACACUUAACAUUUUUGACACCAAGGUGAUAUCCUGUUACAUCCUUUAACUGGGUAAAUUUUAUUCCCAUUCCUUUCUGACAAUUAUCAUGAUUUUCAUAAUUAACAUAUAAUAGGUAACUCACAAUACAGCUUUCAGACAUUACCACAUUUUUGAUCAGCCUUCUGUUUAGUUUUCUUUUAAUAUUUGGAAAUUACAUAUAAGUCUUUGUAUGUAAGUAUUUAUUGCAUUUUAACUUUUUUGUGAAUUAGAUUUUUUUUUUACAUGUACAGUAUUGAGUACUAAGGUAGUACUUGUAGACAAAGGUUCAUAUAUGUGCACAUUUCACUGUCUGGAGGUAAGAAAUUGUUCACGUGCCUGCCUUUUGAUAUAAUGGUGUAAUAUACACAGGUGUUCUAAUACUUCAGCAACAGAGUUCAUGAUACACAUGGAAAACUGAAGACAUUAAUCAUAAUCAUUAUUAUUUAUAAGAAGAUGUAGAUACAAGUCUUUAGGGAUAUCAAAUAAUAUUUGAGGUUGUUCUGUUCAUAAUUGCUUGUUAUAACGUUGAUCCUUCUAUCAGGAUGUACUUGUCAUGAUGUCAUGCUAAAAUAUCUUCAUUAAUUAAUAAUUGUGUCCUGUAUUCUACCUUAAGUUUAGCAUGGAAAAAUGCAUUUUCAAAACUCAGAAGCACAUAAAGGCCUUAAGAUAAUACUUUUGAUGCCAACACUCAAGUUUUUCAGAUGAGAAAUUAAUCAGACUUCACAAAAAAAAAAAAUGUUUAAGUGGUUCUGUAUAGUGAGUGAAUGGAGCACAAUCAAGCAAAAUGUGUCAUGUGAGAAAAGCUAAACUUCAUAGUUUUAGGUGAAGUACAUUACUCCCUAAUAAGUUACUGAUGUCAUGGUGGUCUCACUGCUGAUCCGGCAUUUCAUCCGAUGUCAGCCAUAAGUUCAUAAGACCCCUGCUGAUCCUACUAUGUCUUUGAUGUUAGUUACUCGCAGUUAAAGUUAUCCUAUACUCCUCUGGUUGUAACUCUUACACUGGUAUAACUGUAAUUUGUACAAGGUGCCCUCAGCAGAAACGGUUGAACAACCACAAAUGUAUUUGUACCUGAGUUAUAGAGUGUAUACAUGUGUAUAGUAAUAGACUUUUAAUAGGUAAUUCUCUGUUUAAUAUAAAACUGUACUUCUGAUGUGAGUUAGCGUAUAAAGUUUUUUAACCUCUGCGGAAUAUAAAAUUGUACCUUUGAUGCAAGUCACAAAGUGAACAGGUCCCAGCUUCAUGAAGCGUACUUAGUGUUAUGUUGCCCUUGGCUGUGUGCACUUCAUAUAUCAGCCGACGUUGUUAAGGGCUUACUUCGCUUAGUACGCAUCAAGAAACCUGGCCCUUGCCGCUAAUGAAGUCGUACCUCUGAUGUGAAUACUUUAUUACAAAUAAGUUGUCUCCCAUGAAUCCAGCUGUAUAAUGUAAAUGUAGCUUUGUAGAUCAUUGUUUUUGAUGUAAGGAUAAGUUACUCUCUGCAAUCCUAGCCCAGAUAAGUUGAAUUAACUAUAUAAGUCAUUAUUUAAUUGUAUACAUAUUAGAUUUUGAUGUAGAUUUUGAUAUCAUAAUACAAAAUGUAGUAUUACUUUAAUGACAAUUAUUACAAAGUUGCUAUAUAUACAUGUACACAGUUAAUAUAUUUUCUAGGGCUCAUAUGUGUUUGUGUACAUAAAGCUACAGGUACGUGUGUACAUGUACAGUGUGUAUGGCAUGUGGAAACCCAGAUCAGAGUUAAUUAUUCCUGUAAAGUGUGGAUGGUUGUACACGGUGCUAUUGUUGUAUUGUCUUUUUUAACCUCCAGGUAGAUUCAUAGUUAGCAUUCCUUUCUAUAAACUGAGCGCAUGUUUCUACUGUGUGUGUACAUACUGCAGGCGGUACAUGUAGUAAUAAUGAGGUGAUGGUCAUUUCCUCAGGACACAAUCUGCUUUGACUGAUGUAGUUAAUUCUGAUCAUCAAGUAGAUGUACCUAUCUUUGGCAUGUUCACGUCUCACCUGUGCAGGUAACAGUACAGUAACGAUGGUCAGGGAUUGAAGCAGUUAGUGGUCAGAGAGCUACAAUUGUUGAAAUGAAAGUUCUGGUUUUACACAAAUAUUCAGGGUUUUAUUCUUUUUGUCUUGUUUUUCAAUAAGAUCUUUAAAAGUAUACAUGUACACAUGUUGGUCACAUUUCAUUGGAUAACAUAUUUAACAUAAAAUGGCAAACCAUCAGUGUUAUACGUAAGGUAUUGUAAAUAUGAUGACUGGUAGCAUAUACAUGUAGGGCAAGAGAAGACUUUGGGGCAUGUUUACUACAGACUCUUUACCAUGUUUCUGCCUUUGUCUUGGUCACAAUCAUUCGAUUUAUACAAAGAAAUAAAGAUAUGGU